GUUCUCGGUCGAGCGAACGAUCAUUCCGGUAAUUGGUUCAUGGUAACUAGGACUACUUCAAGGGGGAAAUCUUUGGAUCAGGCAGUAUUGUCAAAGGGGGAUCACAAACAAGAGCUGCAUCGACACACAUAUAACAUAGGAAACUUCCAACCAAGACAGGAGAAUCGUGUGUAUGGUGCUGGCACCAGACCCAAGGAUAAGAUUGAUCACAAGAGCAAUGCCCAUACUUGGUGACGUGGUUCCUGGUCGAAAGUUACACGUGUCCCUUUUCGCUGCCUUCUUCCUGCUCGCCAUUUCGCAAACUCGUGGAGCCUCGUUUUCAUCGUCUUCGUCAACUUUGUCUUCAUUACCUCUUUCACUCUCAUCUUUGUUGGCAGGAGCAUCGGGAUCCUCCUCCUCUUCCUCCUCCUCCUCCUUGUCAUCGUCUUCGUUACAAUCGUCCAAGAAGAUUCCCAUCAUUCGCCUUGAAACCCACAGAUAUCCUCAUUUCAAGGAGGGACCCUCGAAUCACCAUCUACAUCAUCAUGAGCAGAUAAAGAGCAAGCCUUUUUUGUUAUUGCAAAAAAGGGAUCCACAAGCCAACGGGUUGUCGCUUUCAAUCACGAACAACAUGGACGUUUUGCGAUCUAAGUUUCUACGGGAACUUAUUCAACGGAGAGAGAACAAGCUCCGACAAAACUGGGUCCGAAAUCAAGAGCUUCUGGACGAUAUCGGGAAAAAGAGAAAGUAGAGAGCAAGACAAUGAUCUUCACGAUCACAAAAACCACGUCGACAAUGAUAUCAAAAAAAUUAACAAGAAUUCUAAUGAGAACAACAUCAAAAAGAACAGCAACAUCUACGGCAAUGAAGACCUUGAUCAUAUCACUCUGUCAAGAGAGUGAGUGGGGCUGAAGAAAUAUUAACCUAUCUACAAUAUCUCAAGAAGAAUCUAGCUAGUCAAUUGUAGCAAUGUGGAUGGCUUUGAGUUAAAGUAGAGUGUUUUAGCCAAUAGAGGAAGUCAUGGCCCAUCAGUCUGGCCGGAUUUUGUUCCAAUUUUUCUUCGUCACGUAUCUUACACCGGGCUCUUCCUCUUCAUUCUGUCUGAUCUAAAUCGUGCAAUGCAACCCUAUCAAGUUUAAUAUGAUUGUGACCUCACUUUUUGGUGAUGAGACCUCUUCAAGUUAUGCAUGUGGCAAAUACAUCUGUGAGUAACCUU